CCCGCGUGUUCUCCGCCGCCGCAGCCGCCCUAGAGGAGCUGGGGGAGGACGGUGGCCCGCGAGGCUCGUCGUAGACAACGCGGCGGCGAUGUCCGCGAGCCAGGAGAGUGCUGCGGCGGCAGCGGCGGGGCCUCGCGCGCGGCAAGGCGGCCUGGGCUUCGGCCUCCCUCCGGUUCCUGGGAAGCCGGCUGGCGGCCAGCGCGGGAGCAGCGGCAGCAGAGGCGGAGGCUCCGGCGCGUCUCUGUCCUCCCCGUCAGCCUGAGCCGGGGGAGGCCAGGCGGCCCGGGUGGCUGUAGGGGGUCCGCUGCCCGAGAAUGGGAAUUCUCUUCACCAGGAUAUGGAGACUGUUCAAUCACCAGGAAUGCUGUUCCAUCUUGGUAAUGCGAGGAAUAGACUGGGGUGAUGCAAAAGCCUAAGGAUGGUCAAAGGAAGUUGAUUUAUUAUAGGCAUACCUCGUUUUAUUGCACUUCUCAGAUACUGCAUUUUUUACAAAUUGAAGAGCACAAAGUUAUCAUUGUUGGGCUGGAUAAUGCAGGGAAAACUACCAUCCUUUACCAAUUUUCUAUGAAUGAAGUUGUACAUACAUCCCCUACAAUAGGAAGUAAUGUAGAAGAGAUAGUGAUUAAUAAUACACGUUUCCUAAUGUGGGAUAUUGGUGGCCAAGAAUCUCUUCGUUCUUCCUGGAACACUUAUUAUACUAACACAGAGUUUGUAAUAGUUGUUGUGGACAGUACAGACAGAGAAAGGAUUUCAGUAACUAGAGAAGAACUCUAUAAAAUGUUAGCCCAUGAGGACCUAAGGAAAGCUGGAUUGCUGAUUUUUGCUAAUAAACAAGAUGUUAAAGAAUGCAUGACUGUAGCAGAAAUCUCCCAGUUUUUGAAACUAACUUCCAUUAAAGAUCACCAGUGGCAUAUCCAGGCGUGCUGUGCUCUUACUGGCGAGGGAUUAUGCCAAGGACUUGAAUGGAUGAUGUCGCGACUUAAGAUUAGAUGAUCUCUACUGAUCUCUUCUCAUAGACUUUGUAUAAACUAAGUGCUGGACUUGACCUGAAAGCUGCAAAAAUUACUGGUUCAGAUAUAUUUAUAAUAAACUGAUUUAAACUUUUUCUAUAAGAAGAAAAAUUAAGACCACUUAUUUGAAAACAAAGAUGAAGUCUCACCUUCCAAUCUACUUUCUCAUUAGUUUCCUCCAAAGGAUUAGUUUAUUCCACAGGUCUUAAAGCUGUGAUCGACAUUUUUCUCAUAAUGAAUCCUCCUCUCAGGACAUUGUGUAGCCUGUGGUAAGUACCAAGGGAGAGGAAGACGUUUUUUAACUUCAAGAGCUUUAUUAUCAGUAUAACCCUCCUUAGUUGAAUGUUAUUCUCUUCUUGUUCCAUUAAGUCAAAAUACAAAUCAGCACAGAUACUCAGUUUCCAAUAUUUUAAAAUAUGAUGUUACUUAUGAAAAGUAUUUUGCAUAACGCUGUGUAUGUAUUGUGUAUAUACCUCAAGUUCAAGUUAAUGACUUUAUGUUCUAAAGAAAAGUGAAUAACAAAAAUUAAUAUCUUUAAUUAUAACCAUAAUGAGAUAAGUACUGACAUUGGUGUUAAGUGCCAAUUUGUACUUUUCCACUAUGUUUUCUGUAUUGUACUAACCAAUCCCCAAAAUUAUUGAGCUGCUCUUUAGAAAGAAAAAGAAGAAGCUUGACUUUGUGUGCCUGUUUUUUUGUUGAUCAGAACACAUAUAUGGAAACGUAUAAUCUAAUGAGUGGAAUAUCUAUCACAUUCUUGGCUUAGUAUUACUAAUGGGCACAAUUGCACAUUGAGCAGUAAUCAUAUUGUUCCCUUUAGUGGACCUUACGCCAUCUAAAUUGCUGAGUAAAUUGUUAAUCCAUUAAUCAGUCUUAAUUGUGAUUAAAGUUACCAACUGAUUUUUUUCAAUUUAAUUGAAAACUUGUGUGAAAUGUCUACCCAGAGAAGUGUCACCUUAUAAAUGUUAUCAAAUAAUUUCCAUAGAUUCUUUUUAGGUAUUAAACUAUAUGUCAAGCAUUUAAAGUGAAUUUGAAAUUAAAAGUAAAGUAUAUUUUCCAAGCAACAAAGAUAAUUUCUUAAUUAGAAAAAUUUUUAUUUCUUAUCUUAAGAGUUGAAAUAGUUUGAGAUUUUUUUGUUUCUGUAAGUUUU